ACAUGGAAAGAGAGAGGAGGAAAAACAAUGAAAUGUCUCGUAAUGGGAAUGAAAUUUGCAUGUUUGCCGCUCUCUUUUUAACAUCCACUUGCAUCACUUGUUUGCCUCUGUCAGAUCGGAGUGAGUCACGUCCACAGGGAAUCAAGAAAUACAGGAGCUAAUUACAUUUGUAAUCAACUUAUAUGGCCUUCACUUGAAUGGCUUGCCACGCCUAUGGCUAGCGCAAAUGAGGAUCUCCUUUAGCCACUAUUUUAGCAAAGUAGUCAAUGAAACAUACAUUUUUGCCAUAUACAAGGAUGUAACCAAAUACUGCGGAUAAAAGUUUAGGAAUUUGACAUAAAAAAGUCAACAACUAGCCACUAACCUUGAUAUUGGGAGGAACAACUAGAACUGUUUUUGGCCGGCGGUGUGCAUGCUUUCUAUCACACACACCCACCCCUAUGUUGACAUCUAUACACCUAAUAGGAAGGGCUUGAUGAAUGCAAAGGGUUUUUAGCGGUGCUGGCUCAACGACACUAGAAGGGUUUUACUCACACAAGGUAAGUACAGAUAUCAAGCUAUUCCCUCUUGCGUUCUUCAGAUCUGCCGCAAAGUGUUAACAUUUGGCAUUUUGCAAACAAUUACAUUCUUAUCUACAUAACACGUCUGUGUCUUCUCUCAUUUUUUUGUAGAAUGAACAAAGUGCUUGGAGGGACAAUGUGAGCAUUCAGAGUUGAAGGUCAUAAUCAAGUGUAGCCAUUACUGGAAGAAAAUAUCUGGCAGUAUUCAGGAUGAUUCUGCUGACUUUAUCUGAAUCUGCGAUUCUUCCACAUCAUUCUAGAAUCAGUUAUGGAUAACAAGGCAAAAACACACUCUGUGUCCAGACUCUGAUUUCAAAGGAACUUAUUUUUGGACCUCUCUGAUGUCAACUAACUUUAUUUCUUUAUUGCUUCUUUGGUUUUGUCUUUCUCUAAACCAUGCUGGAAAAACCCAAGUAAGUUCUUUAAUUGAGUGCGGACAGUGAAUGGAGAUCCUCAUUUAGCAUGCAAUGAAUUUCUGUAUUGUGUUUUAGUAUAAUCUGCUUGUCAUAUAUACAUCAGGGUGUCUUAUCAUGGACAUAUGUAUAAUGUUAAGCUGUCCGUCAAGACUCAAUUUUGCUUUUGUGGACUUCUAAUCAGCAGUAUAUGCUGCAAGCGCUUGAAAAGAUGAAUUUAAGCAAUCCUUUUUGGUGAAAAACUAACGCAAAGCAGAAAAACAAGGGCUACCAAGGACAGUGCUCAGGUGCUGCUCCUAUAGCACACUAAAAUUUGCUUAAUUUGAACAUUUGCACCUGCUUCCUGACUCUUUCGCUCCUCUCGGCUGUGGCCAAGCUCCAUCUCUCAGGAUGAGCCAGAAGUCCGACUCAGAGACUGAGAGCUCCCAGGCACCGGUGAUUUAUACGGUGGAGGAACUGGAGUGCAAGAUCUGCUACAAUCGCUUUGACACCCGAGCCCGCAAACCCAAGGUGUUGAGCUGCUUGCACCGGGUCUGUGCCAAAUGUCUAAAGAAGAUGGUGGAGCUGGACUCGUCUCCGAGCAUCAUCAGCUGUCCCUUCUGUCGCCACGAGACUCACGUCCCUGACGAGGAGAUCUGGUUGCUUCAAGAUGACAGCAACAUUUUGGCUAUUCUGACUUACCAGGACCGGGCGCGUAAGAGCGGCACCACACCCAGCAGUGAGGUCCUUUUGACACCCAACAGCCUAAGCGGAGGCGAGCAGGCCCACAGCUCCUCUGACUGCCUCGUCAUCACAAUCAUGGAAAUCCCUGGAGAGUCGCAGUCCUCGGACUCUACGAGCAUGUUGAACAUGGUGCGCUUGUAUCGGCCGGCCAGCUUGGACUCUUUGCCUUGCCACCUUCCCGUGCAGAAGUGUCGGGCUUGGACGUCUCGUUCGGUCCCUCGCUUUCUAAUGAGUUUCCUCUGCCUGGUCUACUUUAGCUCGCUGCCACUGGGGAUCUACUUGCUGAUGAUUCAGCAGCUCACGAUGGGAGUGAUCUUGGUCAGCCUGGUGCCCUCCACCCUGGUCCUUUGCGUGUUCUACGGCUUCUGCCAAUGUCUGUGCCACGAGAUCAUGGAGGCCAUCGCUACAUAACACCCUACGGCCAGAGAUUGG